AUGGGCAUGCCGAGGGCUCCACACUUUAUCAUUUUAACAUACUGGCAAAGGCACUUCUCUGCCCUCCCAAGGACAUCAUUAACUUUUCAGGCUAUGAAGGCUGAACUUGAUCAUUCAACUAUCCUUCCACCGAAGUAUGAGCUCAUAUUUGACAAUGACAGUUCAGACUAUCAGCUCAGGUCUGAUGCACAGCCGUACCACGAAGCUGUAGUAAACUCUAACUGUAGAGUCACAGCUGAUGAUCAUUUCCAGGAUACUCGACUUGUGAGGUUUACGAGCACAGAUCUUCCAACCAAGAACGCAAAUUCUGAGUACAUCUAUGAUCCAGGCGAUGUUCUCAUGGUUCAGCCCUGUAAUUUACCAGAAUCUAUUGACAUAGCUCUUGAAGCACUAAAAUAUCCAGACGAAUUACUAGACCGUCCAAUACAAUUGGUGCCAUCAGAUGAAUUUGUGAAACUUCCGCCUGCGCCUUUCUGGAGCUGCCCCACUCUUCGCACUUGUUUCCUACGCCUAUUCGAUCUGCAAGUGGUCCCACGGAAGUCUUUUUUUCAAACGUUGGCUUCAAUAUCCACGGAUCCAGAUGAGAAGGAGAAAUUACUCGAGUUUGCCAGUCCACAGGGCUUAGAUGACUACCUUGACUAUGCUGUAAGAUGCCGCCGAACAACGGCUGAAGUACUUCGAGAUUUUUCGAGAACGUCAGAGGCGAUUCCACCAGAGCGUCUUUUCGACUUAUUCACCACUAUCCGUCCAAGAGCUUUCAGUAUCGCUUCUGCUCCUUCGAAGAACUCCAUUGAUAUCCUUGUAGCUAAGGUGGAAUAUCGAACCCGAAUGGCGGAGCCAAGACGCGGCUUAUGCAGCACAUUCAUGUCAAGAUUGAAGAGCGGGGACAAGGUGUUUGUUAAAAUUCGAUCGGGCACGUUCAAGUUCCCGAAGGAGGACAAGCCGGUGAUUUGCGUUGGUCCUGGAACUGGUGUUGCGCCAUUUCGAAGUUAUCUCACAUGGAGGAAUAGAUGUAAGACGGCUGCGGAGUCAAUAUUAUUUUUCGGUUGCCGAGGAGAGAAAAAGGAUUUUUAUUUUGAAUCUGAGUGGCCUGAGAUGUUAACAACACAGGUGUACACUGCAUUCAGUCGCGAUACUCCUGGUCAGAAAGUAUACGUGCAGAACUUGAUUCUGAAACAUGCCGAUGAGGUCUGGAAUAUCAUGAGUCGGGAAGACGGAUUCGUAUUCAUAGCCGGAAGCGCAGGAGAUAUGCCCAAGGAUGUCGGAACUGCGCUUGAAACAAUCGCAUCACGUCAUGGAUGGGCAGAAGGCACAUUUUUGAAGAAGCUGGAGAGCUUAGGGCGGAUCCAAUAUGAGACAUGGUCGUAG